CCUUCGCCAAGACAGUGGGGAGUACCGGAACGGAAGCUUCCCGGAACGCUAGUAGCUGGCUGCGCUUCCUGUAGCGGCCAGUGUUUGCGCUGAGUUCCGGUACCGGGUGGCGGUUGUGACCUGAAGGAGGGUCACGGAGCGGGCAGGUACUGAGGAGCCGUUGGUGGGAGAUAUGGGUCACGGAAACGAGCAUGGCCAUGGCCAUGGUAAAAUGGAACUCCCUGACUACAGGCAAUGGAAGGUAGAGGGUACUCCACUAGAGAAGGUGCAGGAAAGGCUAGCUAAACGGGGUCUGAGGGAUCCAUGGGCUCGUAAUGAAGCCUGGAGAUACAUGGGUGGCUUUGCAAAACCUGUCACCUUAACAGAAGUCUUAACUAAGGGACUCAAGUGGGGAUUUGCAGCUUUCGUCGUAGCUCUUGCCAUUGAAUAUACACUGUUCCCUCCAAAGAAGAAUGGAGGCCAUCACUGAAGAUCAAAUAUGAGAGCUUAAUAUUUACUCAGUACUAAGCUGAAACGUGGAGACCCUAUCUGUAUCAGUAGUCAAGGAUCUGUUUCUGCUGACCUGGAAAGAUACUGGUGAUUCAUCCAUUGGUUUUGCUAAUGCUACCUAUAAUAUGUACAUCAUUAUAUAUAUUUGGAAGAUGUUGAUGUUACAGAAAAUUAGCACAGCUGAAUGAGCACAAUAGAAUAACAAUUAUGCAGUCAGACUACAUUGGAUGUUGCUGAAACUCGUGUUUCAGAGCAUAACAAAAUAACUGUUCUCAUGUUGUGAGGCAGAUGCAGUUUAAGUACCAGACUAUAAUAGUUUCUGUCUGUGAUGAGCUUUCAAAACUACAGGCUCCUAUCCCUCAAUUAGAUCUUUGCUAGGUCAGCUUAUAUAGACUUGUAACAUCAAAGCAAGUGUAUUUUGUACAUGAAACUAAUUGAAAUUGGAAGUGUUUGCUUCAAGGGGUUUUAUAAGAAAUGUAUUCAGGACCCAUGUUUGUCAUCCAGUUUACUGAUUUCAUCAUUGGUAUCAAAAUACCUAGAUUUAUCCAGACUGUUUUACAUGCAAGCCAGGGAAUGGAAAGUAAGAUAAUCUUCUUACCAUUGUUCCAGUGGAGAAGAAAAACUCUUGAAAAUAAUCUCAUCAUAGUGAGUUAGCCUCUUUAAAAUUGUAAAAGUAACAGCAAGACUUAACAAGUUUGACUAAUGACACCACUUAUACAUACAGAUGGAAUGGCCAGAUCACACCAAGCCUGAUUUUGAAAUAUAUAGCAUAAGAUAAUCUAAAAAAUUAUGUAUUAAAUCUGUUACAAAAAUACAUAAAAGGAAAUAUGCCCAAGCCAGAGAUUUAUAUCCAAAGUCCUCUAAAUUGGAAGAACGAGGGGGGGGGGGGGGAAAUCACAACUCAUAAAUCUAUAAAAAUAUAAAAGUGGUUUAAUAAGCAUACAAAAACUAGGUAAAUAGAGGGAAAAGUGGAGUAAGUGAAAAGAGUACACUGGUCACUUAAGCUGUGUUAAAUUGGUAAAUAAUGAAAACGUUUAUAAAUAAAUAAAUGUUCUUUCACAAGCCUGCA